GCUGGCCCGGGGCUCAGGGCUUCCCCUGUGAAUCCGGGGGGGGGGGACACAGUUCGGUCCCUAACAGCAAAUGUCUGCAGCCUCGGGACUGCUUGCCCAGGCUCUGGAGUCGCUGAGGGUCUCUCCUCCCUUCUCCCCCCAGGCCCGAGGGGGAUGUGAAGGCCCAAAAUGACCCUCUUACCGGGAGACAAUUCUGACUACGACUACAGCGCCCUGAGCUGCGCCUCGGACGCCUCCUUCCACCCGGCCUUCUUCCCGCAGGGCCAGUCCCUCAAGGGCGUCUUCUACCGCCGCGCGCAGCGCCUGCGGCCCCGGCCCCAGGACGCGCCCCGCCAGGGCGGCCAGCCCGACGACCGCCGGCGGCAGAUCAUCAUCAACGUGGGCGGCAUCAAGUACUCGCUGCCCUGGACCACGCUCGAGGAGUUCCCGCUGACGCGCCUGGGCCAGCUCAAGGCCUGCACCAACUUCGACGACAUCCUGAACGUGUGCGAUGACUACGACGUGACCUGCAACGAGUUCUUCUUCGACCGCCACCCGGGGGCGUUCGGCACCAUCCUGACCUUCCUGCGGGCCGGCAAGCUCCGCCUGCUGCGGGAGAUGUGCGCCCUGUCCUUCCAGGAGGAGCUGCUGUACUGGGGCGUCGCCGAGGACCGCCUGGACGGCUGCUGCAAGCGCCGCUACCUGCAGAAGAUCGAGGAGUUCGCCGACGUGGUGGAGCGGGCGGAGGAGGACGACGACGAGCCGCCGUCCAGCGAGGACCCCGGCAGCGAGGGCGCGGCCGAGGGCGAGGGCCGCCUGGGCCGCUGCAUGCGGAGACUGCGCGACAUGGUGGAGAGGCCGCACUCCGGGCUGCCGGGCAAGGUGUUCGCCUGCCUCUCGGUGCUCUUCGUCACCGUCACUGCCGUCAACCUGUCCAUCAGCACCCUGCCCAGCCUGCGGGAAGAGGAGGAGCAGGGCCGGUGCUCGCAGAUGUGCCGCAACGUCUUCAUCGUGGAGUCGGUGUGCGUGGGCUGGUUCUCCCUCGAGUUCCUCCUGCGGCUCAUCCAGGCGCCCAGCAAGUUCGCCUUCCUGCGGAGCCCGCUGACGCUGAUCGACAUGGUGGCCAUCCUGCCCUACUACAUCACCCUGCUGGUGGACGGCGCCUCCGCGGGCCGCCGCAAGUCCGGCGCGGGCAACAGCUACCUGGACAAGGUGGGGCUGGUGUUGCGGGUCCUGCGGGCGCUGCGCAUCCUGUACGUCAUGCGUCUGGCCCGCCACUCCCUGGGGCUGCAGACGCUGGGGCUCACGGCCCGCCGCUGCACCCGCGAGUUCGGGCUCCUGCUGCUCUUCCUCUGCGUGGCCAUCGCCCUCUUUGCCCCCCUUCUCUACGUCAUCGAGAACGAGAUGGCCGACAGCCCCGAGUUCACCAGCAUCCCUGCCUGCUACUGGUGGGCCGUCAUCACCAUGACAACCGUGGGCUACGGCGACAUGGUGCCCCGGAGCACGCCCGGCCAGGUGGUGGCGCUCAGCAGCAUCCUCAGCGGCAUCCUGCUCAUGGCCUUCCCGGUGACCUCCAUCUUCCACACCUUCUCGCGCUCCUACCUGGAGCUCAAGCAGGAGCAGGAGAGGGUGAUGUUCCGGAGGGCGCAGUUCCUCAUCAAGACCAAGUCGCAGCUGAGCAGCAUGUCGCACGACAGUGACAUCUUGUUCGGAAGUGCCUCCUCGGACACCAGAGACAACAACUGAGCUCAGAGGACACACCCCGCCGCCCCCACCGCCGCCGCCGUCGUCGCCAGGAUACCCCCAGCUCUGCCUGCCCUCUGCGGCCUGAAGCUAUUGCCGUCACUAUCAGAAGCCUCUUCAGGCACGUGCUGCUCUGAGCGCGGCCCUGGCACAGAACCGACUGGAACCACACCCCGAGGAGGAAGACUGCAAGGUCCUCAGAGGAGCCCCUACCACUCUGCGUCCACAAGUGAAGCAGAAGCUGGCCGAGAGCCCAGCACCCCCGCCCCCCAUCCCCCAUCCCCCAUGUCUGUUUCCCUCAAUAAGGAGAUGGCUUUGUUCUUUCCACCAUGUACAUAACAUGCCCAGCAAAGACUUGCUUCAUGGGCCUGCCUGGAGAAAAAAUACAAAUGGCAACAGCAAAUGUCUGUGUGUAGUGUGGAUCGUAUGCAAUUAAAGAAAACCAGUGAAAAAGAGAGAAAAUGCCUUCCCCAGGGCUCUGAAGAGAGGAAGCUGUUUGCAAAGCCAGCCAGGGCCGGUACUGGGAGUACAGGGGCCUGUUUCCUUGGGUCG